AUGGAUAUCUCAAUGGAAACUUUCUUCAGUGUGGCCAGGUUUAAAAUGGGCAUGGCAAUCACUCAAAAAAAAAUCAGAUGGAUUAUUGGUACUGGACAUCAUAUCUCAGUUUGGUUUGACACUUGGGUUGGUGAUAGUCCUAUAAUUGAAUUUAUUGGUUUCACUAAUUAUGUCAAAAAUAAUAUUCAAAUGAAAGUAAAGGAUUUAUUACAGAAUGGUAGAUGGAAGAUUCAUGUUGAAUUACAAAGUUAUAUCAAUUAUCCAUUACUUAUUGUAAGUGGUGCUCAAGAUUCAGUCAUCUGGUGUGGUGACAUAAAGGGUAACUUCUCCACAACAUCAGCAGUAAAUGGCAUCAUAUUCAAACAACCAAAACUCCAUUGGCCUGUACAAAUUUGGAAGCAGUUUCUUCACCCUGGAAUUACUAGUAAUAUCUGGAAAAUUCGGCAGGGGGUGUUUGUGGAUGAUCAAAAAAGAGUGACUCAGGGUUAUUCUAUGGUUUCCAUGUGUUGUGUCUGCAACCAAGAGCAAGAUAGUAUGGAACAUCUUUUAUGGUUCUGCAGCUUCAGUCUUAAAAUCUGGCAAUGGCUAGGUAACAUCUUUCACUUCUCCAUUCCUUCAUCAUUUGAUAACAUUUUUCAAUUGGCAAAACACUACAAGUCCAUUGUCAAAGAAAUCUGGAUCACAGAUGCUCUUUCCAUAAUAAGGGAACUGUGGUUUAUGAAAAAUAUAAUACUUUUUUAUAAUGCAAAGCCAAAUGAAAACUCAUUUAAGAGCAGAAUUCUAAACUCAGAUUAUCAUGGAGGUUUUAGAAUGAAGGGGACCAGAUGGAAUCAAGACUAUGACACAAUUAUCCUCAAAUUCUUCCAUUUAGAUCCUAGAAGAACUAAAUUUACAACUCUUAAAGACUGUUUCUGGGUCAAUCCUGCAAAAGGUUUUGUAUUGUUUUGUUGUGAUGGUUCUGCAGUAGGAAAUCCUGGAUUGGAAGGUUUUGGAAUUAUUGCAAGAGACCAUGAAUGCAGAGUCCUUGGUACUAUAUCAGGUGGUCUAGGGGUUGCUACAAAUUAUAUAGCUGAGGCUCUGGAUGUUAUAUGGGCAUUAGAAUGGGCAGUGAAACUUCAUUGUGACAACAUCAUUAUUAGAUCAGAUUAA